AUGUCUACCAGCAAUAAUGUGCGGAUAAUUGCCCGUAUACGCCCUCUCCUGAAAAAUGAAAUAGAGAAGGAUAUUGUUGUUCGCACAGAAGGGACAGCUAUUUCCAUGCCAAAUCCGAAAAACGAGAACGAGAAUUUCACAUUCCCUUUCAACGCGGUUCAUGACAGCGAGUCUGAUCAAUCACAGCUAUUUUCUGAGGUGUCGCCAACAAUAAAACAUCUAUUUAAAGGCAACGAUGUUACAAUUUUCGCUUAUGGUGCUACUGGUAGUGGUAAAACUUACACUAUGCGCGGUCAAAAAUCAGCUACGGAAAGAGGCAUCAUUCCGCGUCUUCUCAACGCCAUCUACCGUCGCGGAAAGGAGCUGGAACGAAAGUCGGAGGGAGAAAUAACAAUGACGGCAACCAUGAGCUACUACGAGAUCUACAAUGACAAAGUCUUUGACCUUUUUAUGGCGCCCGAGAAACGCACGCCUUCUGGCCUAUCACUACGAGAUAACGCAGGGAAGACAGUGGUUGUCGGGUUGACGGAGAAGGAGAUCUCGUCACUCAAAGAGUUCGAAACAUUAUACGAUAAAGCCAACAACAACCGUUCCACUUCUGCCACAAAGCUCAAUGCACAUUCAAGCAGAAGCCAUGCCAUUAUAUGCGUCCGAGUCGCUAUUUCGAACCGCGAUACGGGCGAGACCCGAACGGGCACAGUCUCAUGUAUCGAUUUAGCAGGCAGCGAAGACAACCGCCGAACCUGUAAUGAUAAAGAGCGUAUGAUUGAAUCCGCUAGUAUUAACAAAUCUCUAUUUGUCCUUGCGCAGUGCGUCGAAGCGAUGACCAAAAAACAAAACCGCAUACCUUACCGCGAAAGCAAAAUGACACGCAUCCUCUCACUUGGUCAAAAUAACGGGCUCACGGUGAUGAUCUUGAAUCUUGCCCCCACGAAGGCAUUCCACAUGGAUACCCUUAGUGCACUUAAUUUUGCCAAUCGCGCCAAAAAGAUUGAGUUGAAGCAGGCCGAAACAGACUAUACACCAGCGGCUACCUAUUCCAACCGCCAGCCAUUGCCAGCGCUAUUAAGUAAAGAGCCAACUCGUGCUUUCGGAACUGCAAAGACAAAUACUACACAGCACAUACCGAGACCUUCGCUCGCUGAAAAGUCGCUCAAGGCAACACGCGCACCACUUGCUGCUAAGCCUGCUAAGCCGUUACAUAAACCAGCCUCUUCCGGCAUUACUAAAAACCGUCAAACCGAUAGUCGUAUGUCAACGCAUCUAUCCUCUGCUAAUAUCGCGGAUAUUGUCGAAAAAAAGGUGGAGGAAAUUCUCGCAGCACGCGCACUCGAAUCUGCCAAAUCCCCUCCACCAGUAUCAGCGGAUGUAUCUUUCGACUUUAGUAGACGACUCGAACUCCUCGAGAAAAAACUCGAAAAGAAGGCAGAUGCUCGUGCAGAAGGUCUUACUUAUAUUCUCCUAGCAAAACAACACACUGCCCGUGGUGAAAACUUCUCCGCAUUGAAAAUGUAUGAGCUGGCACAGACCUACUUCCCUGACAACCCGAAAAUAAUGAAAAAGAUUGCAGCCUUGCGAGGCAAAAAGAACUCGGGCAUGUCUACUGCCAUAAAUAUUUUAUCGAGAAAAGAAGAUGAAACGUCAAUUAUGGAUAUAGAGGGAGGAGAAAUUAAGACGAGCGACGUUAAAGAGGAGCUCUACACAAAAGAAACACACGCACCGCCCCCCCCAAUGCCAGUGAAGAAAGCGUUUGCAGUCUUUACCGACAAUGACCGCGUUGAUGCUGUUACAAACUGGAAGGAGGAGCAGGAUGAACAAGAUGAGCAGGAUGAGCAUGUUCAUAACAAUGAUCUCAUGGACACCGAUUAUAUACCCCCUGCAGAUGUUCAGCAGACUCCGCGGACACAGUCACUCUUGAAGAUCAUCAAUAGUGAGGAUGUAGCACAGAUAAUGAAGCUCAGGGGUGUUGGCAAGAAAAGAGCAGAAUCUCUCGCGCAACAUGUUAGAGGGAGGAGAGAAGCCGCUAUCGACGACGACGAGGAUUUUGGAUUCAAAGAUUUGGAAGAACUGGGUAUGAUCCGGGGGAUUGGACAGGGGAUGGUAGAGAAUAUGAGGAAUAGUUUGGUGGCGUAG